UACGCCUCUCUCUUCCUCCUAUCUCUUUCAUAUUAUGUGAUGCUGUGUGUGAGUGUGUGUGUUUGGGAGAGCUACACAGAAAUUUGGGAGAGCUACACAGAAAUUUAACAUAUUAUGGCUUCGAUUCAAGCUUAGGGUUUCUUUUACUGUGUGUGUUUGGGAGAGCUACAAAGAAAUUUUCUCGGGGCUGAGAAAGUCCCAGAAAAUGGCGAGAAACAACGCACAGGGCGAGAAACAACACUCCGGCGCUUCAACCGCCUCCAUCUCCGCCUCCGUCUCCGCCUCCGCCACUAUCAGAGUUAGAUCCAAACCCGAUCCUUUCUUGGUCGUUUGUCGAUGCUUCAGCAUCAUAACCUCUGCGGCUGUCAUUCUCUGCAUCUCUGUCAACAUUCUCUCUGCCAUUCGUUCCUUCAAAGAUGGAUCUGAUAUAUUUGAUGGCAUAUUUCAGUGCUAUGCGGUUGUGAUUGCAAUGUUCGUGGUCGCUGCCGAGACAGAAUGGGGAUUCAUCAUCAAGUUCUGGAAGGUGUUGGAGUAUUGGGCUGCUAGGGGUACGCUGCAGAUCUAUAAUGGCUCACAUUUUUUGUGUUCCUGUUAUGUGGCCCCUGUUUAUGAAGAUUCUGCAUCAACUUAUGGCCCCUGUCUGUAUGUUUUUAGUGUUGUCCCAAACUACUUUCAAAACUACAUAAUCCAGAUUGAUAGUAAAUCAAAUUCGUUGGCAAUACCACACAGAGGAAGCAUCUGGGAUGAAGACAUGGGUGUUUGGAUCAGUUAG